AUGUCACAAAAACCAUCAGAAAAGAAAAAUGGCCAAAGAAGAUUUUUGCUUUUCCUCCCAGGUCUUAUAGCCAUUUGCACUGUGCAUGGAGCACUUAUGGACAGGCUUGCUUCCAAGAAGCUCUGUACAGAAGAGAAGUGUGCCUGUAUGAUUUUGAUGGCCAUAGCUCAAGAAGUUACAGAGGCACAGACUGUAGACUCACUAAAUGUUAAAAAAAACAAAAACACCUGGCAGCAGAUUUGUAUUUUUUCAAAGCUGGUAAAAGAAAAUGCAGCUGGAGAGUUUGGGGCUGGCAGCGUAGGAGAUUACUAG